AUGAAGAUUCUUGAUCCUCAAUCUGCAACACUUUCAAAUGUGGAAGUGCUGGCGUACUUGAAGUCCAACCCCCCACGCUUGUCACCCCAAGCGCCUUUCCCGAAUGCGAAGAACUUCGUCCCUAAGCCGGAUUUGAGAGAUUACAACACGGUGGUGAAAGAGUACAAUGACUAUGUAGCUCGGCUCUCCCCUCACCUCUUAUCAUACCCUAGCUUUACUUCUGUAUCUCGCGAGAAUGCCACCGGUGAUAAUACAACCACCGACCUUGACGUCGCACUUCGAACGCUGAUCUCGAGCUUGAAGCCGUUUAACUUGACGAAGGCGGAGGUGUUGAUGAUCAUCAAUUUAGGAGUUGGCCUUGAAUCUAAGGCAGAAGGAGAGGCGGCGGAGGAUACGGUCAUGCAAGAUGGAGAAGGUGAAGAUGGCGACAUAGGGGUUGACUAUGGAGCCUUGGCCCUUCUGGACACAAUUAUAGAAGACCGAGAAGAACGGCUGGCGGAUGAGGAUGUUGCUGGGAUAUUAAGAAUUGUGAGGGAGACACUGGCUAAGAAAGAACCAGCAAAGGAAGAACCUGCGGAAACUAUGGAAGAAUGCUGA